UCAGCAUGCUGUUCUUACCGGCUCUGGUCCUGCUCUCUGAUAUCCUCUGUGGUGCCUCUGCGGUGGAAGUCAGUCCCAAGUAUGAGCAUACAGACCAUCUCACUGGGAAAACCCUCUUCUGCGACAAGUGUCCACCAGGCACUCACAUGACGGCGCACUGCACCACCACCAAAUCCACCCAAUGCAAGCCGUGCAGGGAAAACCACUAUACCGAGCUGUGGAACUACCUGCCCCGGUGUCUCUACUGUAACAACCUUUGCUAUGGGAACAUGGAGGUGGAGAAAGAGUGCUCAGCGGUGAGCAACAGAGUCUGUCGGUGCAAAGAGGGCUUCUACUGGACAAAUGACUUCUGUAUGAGACACUCGGAAUGCGGGCCCGGACACGGCGUUCAAGCGAAAGGUACAUCUAAGGUUAACACUGUCUGCGAAACGUGUUCCGAUGGCUACUUCUCCAAUUCGUCCUCCGCGCUGCAGCCAUGCGUAAAACAGCAGGAAUGCGCACAAGGGCAGAUUGUGCUCCUCCCCAGCACAAUUUACCACGACACAGUGUGUGGCCCUUGUCAGGAUAUUGCAAAUGGAGGUGAGACACUCCGGAUAGUCUCCUCAAGAUUAUUUAGUAGGCACGAGAGGCGUGUGGGAAAACUGAGGAAAUUUGUCAACAGGUACAUCCAUAAAUCUGGAGAGUCUCUCCUGGAUGAGAUCAAAGAGUGGCUGAAGCAGGCUCCAGCAGAGACGCUGAAAAACCUGCCUGAGAUGCUGAAGGCUGUACAGCUCAACUCGAUGGCAGAAAAGCUGGAGAAGAGUCUUAAGGAGAUUGAACAAACAACAAAUUGUAGUUUAUCUCUCUGACGCACUCAAAUGGCUGUCAGAGUCCAUGGGAGUAAAACUUAUACAGUACCUCUUUAUCUGGAAUAAGCCAUUUUUGUUUCCAUUUGAAAACAAGUAUUUUAAUAUAUUUUUCAUUUGCCCGUUAAUUGACAGA